UGUGUUUUCAUCUCAUAAUUUUCUUAAGAGCGCUGAGCUUUUGGAUGACUCAUAGACACUGAUUGUGAAUCUUUCAAAUGCAAAGUGCUGGAGGAGUUCUGCGUUUCGUGGCACCGAAGGAGCUUCAGAUCUCGAAUCCCUUAGGAAUGGAUCACUCGCAUCAGGGCCAAGGCUAUGCUAUGCAUCACAAUAGUAUGCAUGUGAUGCCACAAAGUUCUUCCGCUAUGAACAUGAUGAUGGGUGGAUAUAUAGUUCCGCCUUCUCAACCACAACAGUCAACUUAUUUGACGCCUCAACAACCCACCCCACAGCUGAUGCAGACAGACGUUUACGAUCCGAUGGAUGCUGCUGGCCCUUCCAAUCAGGAUAUCAGUAUGUCUGCUGCACCACGAGAAGAUGAUAAACGCAAGGAAAUAUAUGGAUAUGAUGCCCCAUACAACUUAUAUUCAAGUGCUUGGAGCUGUGCAACCGAUCCUCAGCGGAGGUUUCGACUGGCAGUUAGCAGCUUUAUCGAGGAGUAUAGUAAUAAGGUAUCAAUUGUUCAACUUGAUGAAACUGCUGGCGAACUUGUUCUGCGGAAUACUUUCGAUCAUCCUUAUCCUGCUACAAAGCUUAUGUGGAUUCCCGAUUCGAAAGGGACAUAUCCGGAUUUGAUAGCUACUAGUGGUGAUUAUUUGCGGCUUUGGAGGCUGGGAGCUGACAACAACGCGAAGAUAGAGACGCUCUUGAAUACAAAUAGAACGGCGGAGUAUUGUGCGCCUUUGACAUCGUUUGACUGGAAUGAGUUAGACCUCAAUCUUAUAGGAACAAGUAGUAUUGACACUACUUGUACAGUUUGGCAGCUUGAGACCGGUCAGGCGAUAGGGUCCACUCGGGCUACGGUAGAUGGCACUGUUCGCACCCAACUCAUAGCCCAUGAUAAGGAAGUAUUCGAUAUCUCAUUUAGUAGGGCAAGCCGGGAUAUGUUUGCAAGUGUUGGUGCUGAUGGUAGUGUCCGUCUCUUCGAUCUUCGACAUUUGGAGCAUUCGACAAUCAUCUAUGAAGAUCCUCAAAGAAUACCGCUGUUGAGAUUGGCUUGGAAUCGCAACGACAACAACUACAUUGCCACAUUUGCUUGUGAAAGUAACGAGGUUAUCAUCCUCGACAUGCGAAUUCCGUGUCAUCCAGUUGCACGACUGGCAAAUCACCGUGCUCCAGUGAACGGCAUCUCUUGGGCACCUCAUUCCAGUACUCAUAUCUGUACAGCAGCUGAUGACGCUCAAGCUUUGAUAUGGGACGUGCAUGAGAUACCACGACCGAUUCUUGACCCUAUUUUAGCCUAUCAAGCUGCGGGAGAGGUAAAUCAGAUUCACUGGUCAACAACAUUCCCUGACUGGAUUUCCAUCUGCUACGCAAACCGGUUGGAGAUAUUACGAGUGUGAUUCCCUUUGUUGCUGAAGAAAAUCAAAAGGAUUGUUUGUGUCAUUCAGUGGUAAUUACAUGCAUCAGAGUUCUAUCGUCAUAGCCUUUGUUCAAAGUGCACUUUUUUGUUGCUCAUCGAGAAAUUCUUAGGUCAGCUUGAGACUAAUUUUCCCUAAUCGGCUGUUUAGCUAAGCGUCUUGUAAAUCUUUGUCUCAACUCCAUUGCUUAUCAAUCCAUGGUCUCAGAUUUGAAAAUGUUUUAUAAUUUAUUCAAAGUCUUAUGUAUCGCAAUGGAUUCUUAUUAGUUCGAUUUGAAGCUGCUUGUCUGAGUCAAUUUUGUUGAUAAUGAUCAAGAACAUUUUGAGAACAUUUAUAACUUCUAAUCUUGUAUAUAGAGAAUUUUGUUUUUUGAAAUUCGAACAUAUGAUCGAGGAAUGUUUGUGGUGCUUUGAACUAUGUAGGAUAAAUUUUGUCUGAA